AUGGGCUUACAUGCAUGCUUCGUGCUUGCAGCGGCCUACUACACAUCCUUUGCAUCUGUUGGGAUUGUCAUAUACUUCAUGCGCACAAGGAAGGGCUACAGGAGCCUGCCAGAAGCCAUCAACCAGCGAUAUGGACCUCUAGCCACCCUCUCUUUUGGGAUUGCGGUUCUUUUCAGGCUGUACCAGGAGGUCUGGAGCAAUGCAGUGGUUGUUGCUCCCUGGUUUGGGCCCCUGCAUAGCAAGGAGUGGUGGCUGGGGGCUGUGCUGUCCUCCAGCAUACCAGUGAUCUACUCGUUCUCAGGAGGCAUGCGCGCAUCAAUCAUGACCGACACCACGCAGCUGGUCAUCUGUGUGGCAUUCUUUAUUGCUCUCCUGGCUGUGCUGGGGUCCAAGAUGCCCACUGCAUGGGACUGGAACCCCAACGGCGCAUGUGCUCUGCCGGCGUCCCCGCAGCCAGUCACUUAUGAGAUGUGUGCUGUGGAUGGGGGAGCUCGCCUGGUCAACGACACACUCGUGGAGCUGGGCAAGGCCCAAUUCACUUACAAGAAUGCCAGCUGCAACUACCCAUCUAUUGCAGAGGCGCAGCUGUGUACAUCUGUCGGCGGCAAGUGGGCAGCCCCGGAGUGCACUGUGAAGUCCCAGCUGGCGUGUGGGGAGCAUGGCGGGCAGUGGGAACCUGCCAAGAUGUGGUCAUUGAAGGGCGGUGUUGAUCUCCUCAUAGUGGCCCUCUUGCAGGGCUGCCUGAGCUACCCCUUCUUUGACCCGGUGCUCACCGACCGCGCAUUUCUGGCCAAGCCGUCCACCAUGCUGGGGGCGUUCCUGCUGGGGGGCGUGGUUGCAGCCCUUUUCAUCUUCUUCUUUGGCUUUGUGGGCAUCUACGGCAAUGCUGUCGCCACUCUCCGACCCUCCUGGGUACCGACGAGCCUAUACAAAGGCACACUUGCGGGCCUGCCACCAGCUGUAACUGGGUCCAUUGGCAAAGGCCUGUUCCAGAUCACGAAUAUCAUCUUUAUUUUUGAGUCGCUGAGCACGCUGGACUCCACCUUCACCAGCGCUGCCAAGCUCCUGGGGCCAGAGUUUGCUGGGCUCCUGGAAGAUGGCACCCCCAAGCCCCCACAGACCGCCAAGAUAUGGCACCUGACGAUGGGCCGCAUAAUCAUCAUUGUGCUGGCGGUGGCUGGCCUGCUGCCGCUGCUGGGUGAUGCCAAGGCGCUGGAUGCCACCACCGUAUCAGGCACAAUCGUACUGGGACUUGGGCCCCCCAUCUUUGCCCUCAUGUUCAUUGACGGCUACCGGCCCCUCACAUUCCAUGUGCCCUUCUGGUGGGGGGUGGGUCUUGGAAUUACGAGCCAGCUGUCGUCCACGGUGAAGACGAUAAACAUGAGCGGCUUCAAUUUUGGCACCGGGUCAAAUGCGCUUCUGCUGGGCACCAAUGUGAUCGGAACCAUUAUUGCGUGGGGACUCAUGUUCAUCACCCUGCUCGAGAACCCCAUGGGGUCAACACUGACUAUGGAAGCGGUACAAGGGAAUAACUUCUACAGGGCUGCCGGCCGCCUAGUGCGCAGAUGCGGGCGCAGCCGAGGUGACAAGGGGCAGGCUAAAGGCCCCGAGUCUGAGUCAGUUCUGACCACCUACUUCUGCCCUUCUGAGGAAUCAGCCUUCUCUGGGGAGGUCUAAGGGAUGCUACGUUGGAGGCAUCCCGUCACAACAGCACUGAUGCACAAGGCACCUUCGUCCUUGCAAAUGACGUGUAGUAUCAUGACUGUUUGAGCAAUGCUCGGUGGUCCAGCCAUAUUGAGCGGAAGCAGUGCAGUACAGCAGAUGAUCAAUGUGGUGCUUUCAGGUAGCGCAGACUUAAUUUGGACUUGUGCGCGUUGAAGGCCAGAUCUGGGGCUUCAUGCUCCUUCUGCAAUUUUGAUGGGCUUAGGUGCCAGAGACUUGCAAAAGCCACAACCCUUGAGGAUAAUAGAUGUUGAGUGCUCAGGGGAAUUGCAAGUGGUCUUCUGGCAAUUGAAAUUUGGAAGAGUUCCUUUACUGCGAGCAAGAUCGGUCAGAUCAAGAUUUAGCCCUUAAUUUUGACGCGCUUGGCUUGCAACAUGUGCAGAUAUGAAAAUUUGCCCGAUGUCAGCUUGAAGUCACUCUGCAUUUUGCUUGCAGCUGCCAAUGCGCUGAAAUUAAGAUAGAAGAUCAGGAGUAAGAGGC